AUGGCUGAGCUUUAUCCCUCAUUGGCGCAAUGCGCUAUCGUUGCGGGUGCUCUUAAAGUGCUCCUCUUUCCAGCUUACAAAUCCACUGAUUUCGAGGUCCACCGCAAUUGGCUUGCCAUCACCCACUCACUGCCAGUUAAAGAAUGGUAUUACGAAAAAACAUCAGAAUGGACUCUAGACUACCCCCCAUUCUUUGCAGCAUUCGAAUGGCUGAUGUCGCAAGCUGCUUCGUAUAUCGACCCGGCAAUGCUAGUUGUUAAGAACCUAGGAUACGACUCAUGGGAGACCAUAUACUUCCAGAGAGCUACCGUCAUCUUGACUGAGCUCGUUCUAGUCUAUGCGCUAAGCCGUUUCAUCAAGUCUACUCCGCUUGCCAAUAAACAGGCUGCACACGUCGCCAGUGUCUCUAUUCUCCUAUCGCCGGGUCUAUUCAUCAUCGACCAUAUCCAUUUCCAGUACAAUGGGUUCAUGUAUGGAAUAUUGAUUCUGUCCAUCGUUCUAGCUCGUGAAAAUUACAAGCUGUUUAGCGGAAUAAUCUUUGCAGUCCUUUUGUGCUUUAAGCACAUAUACCUCUACCUCUCCCUCGCCUAUUUUGUCUACUUGCUGCGCUCAUACUGCCUCGACCCCAAGAAUUUCCUGCGACCGCGAUUUGGCAAUAUCAUCAAACUUGGAGUUUGCGUUGUUGGGGUUUUUGCAAUCGCAUUCGGUCCCUUUGUCCAAUGGGGUCAAAUACUUCAAUUGAAAGACCGACUCUUCCCCUUUUCGCGAGGACUGUGCCAUGCGUAUUGGGCACCUAACAUCUGGGCUAUGUAUUCCUUCACAGAUCGAGCUCUAAUUCCAUUGGCCCCACGCCUUGGUCUGCCUGUAAAUCUAGAGGCACUCAACAGUGUUACUCGGGGGCUUGUGGGAGACACGUCGUUCGCGAUCCUUCCUGAAGUGGCCAGUGAGCAAACAUUUCUGCUCACAUUCAUAUUCCAACUGGUCCCUCUAGUGAAGUUAUGGCUCCAGCCUGACUGGGAUACCUUCGUCGGAGCACUGACUCUUUGUGGCUAUGCAUCUUUCCUCUUCGGCUGGCAUGUCCACGAGAAAGCCGUUCUUUUGAUUAUCAUUCCGUUCAGCCUCAUCGCUCUCAAGGAUCGCCGCUAUUUCAGCGCCUUCCGGCCGCUUGCAGUAGCCGGCCACGUAUCUCUCUUCCCACUCUUGUUCACUGCCGCCGAAUUUCCACUCAAGAUCGUGUACACCGUGUUCUGGCUGAUUCUGUUCCUCUUUGUAUUUGACCGAGUCGCACCAGUUCCCGAACGCCGCCGCGUCUUUGUAUUCGACCGCUUGUCCUUGCUGUAUCUGACUUUUGCAAUUCCCCUGAUUGUAUAUUGCUCUUUGAUACACCAGCUUAUCUUCGGAUUUGAAAAGCUGCAGUUUUUGCCCCUUAUGUUUAUGAGCAGUUACUCUGCGCUUGGAGUAGUCGGCAGUUGGGUUGGCUUUAUGGUCGUGUAUUUCACUGCAUAG